UGACAUGUUCUCACGUGAAAUUCCGAGUUCGCGCAGGCGCCGUCUCUGCGGGGGGCGCUGUGGUGAAGGAUGCCGGCUGUUGCGCCGUGACGCGGAGGUCAAAGGGCGGUCAUUGUAACGUGUCAGCGGGCUGUCACCUCACCGGUGUCACACCACCCAGGACCCAACCGGCUGUUGCACACACUCACCGGUACCCGAGCUGACCUCGAAGCUAUCUUCGUAAAAUGGCCAAAAAGCGGAAGGAAAAACGAGAGAACGACGGUUCGCCUUCAGCACCAGAGGAGCUGAAGGCGGCAACGAGUGACUCUCAAGCGCUGAAAGAUGCUCGGCAUUCUGAAGGGGGCUCUGCACGCAUGUCUCUCCUGCUUCUGGUUUCUAUCUUCACCUGCGCUGCCUCGGUCAUGUACGUGGUCUACAGGAACUUCCCAGAGCUUCUAGAUGAUGAAAUGGAGAAAAUCAAGGUUCCUAAAGACAUGGAAGAUGCUAAAGCUUUGGGAACUGUGCUGUCCAAAUACAAAGACACAUACUACUCCCAAGUGUUGGUGGCCUACUUUGCGACAUAUAUUUUCCUCCAGACAUUUGCAAUCCCUGGCUCUAUCUUCCUCAGCAUCCUGUCUGGAUAUCUUUACCCUUUUCCCUUGGCUCUUUUCUUAGUCUGCUUGUGCUCUGGUCUUGGUGCUACCUUUUGCUAUAUGCUAUCAUAUCUGGUGGGCAGACCCAUCAUCUACAAAUAUCUCUCAGAGAGAGCACGGAAAUGGUCCCAGCAGGUUGAGAAACAUCGGGAUCAUUUAAUCAAUUACAUCAUCUUCCUGAGGAUAACCCCCUUCCUUCCCAACUGGUUCAUCAACAUCACCUCACCCAUCAUCAAUGUGCCUUUGGGGGUUUUCUUCAUCGGUACCUUUCUUGGAGUGGCGCCGCCAUCCUUUGUGGCGAUCAAUGCCGGGACAACACUGUACAAACUGACUACGGCUGGCGAGGCCGUGUCCUGGAACUCUCUGGCUGUGCUUGGUGUCCUUGCUGUUCUCUCCAUCUUGCCUGUCUGUUUCCAGAAAAAGCUGCAGAAGAAACUAGAGUAGAACAUGAAACACCUCAGCACUUCAUCUGCUGGCUGAUCCCGGCGUCCCCUUCCCCUCGGCUCAGGAACAUGAAGCUGUCACUCAAGUUGCUGUGUCUCCUAUCUCAGACACAGAUUGCGUUGGUAGCGUCUCUGACCACUGGGCCAACAAGCACCCAUUGACCACCAAAUGCAUGCAGCGGUGGUUCCUGAUGCUUGUCAACCGGCCGCUGCUUGCACAAUUUUUUGGGUUUCUGUGAAUUAUGUUGUGAUUGUGGCACAUCUUUUCAUUGAGAUAAGGCUCUGCUCAUUAUUUUAUGACUCUUGCCAGAUAUUUAAAGGUGCUACUAAUAGGAUGUUGGAGUAAAACUCAUAGUUCUGGUUUCUCUUUUCUGAAAAAAACACAAUCUAAUCAGUACCUUGUUGAGGCUGGUGCAAACAUCCGUUAGCUUGUUUUUUGGACAGAAGCCACUUCUACAUUUGUUUUGUCAGCAGCAUAUCAAAUGUCUGCAUCCUCUUUGUAGCAUCUUUAACGUCCACUCUCUUUUUAACAUGCUUUGUUCUAAUUUUAACCCAAUGAAGUGUACCACCACAGCAAUAACUCACGCACAUUUUGAAAGUGGGUUUUAGUUUUUAAAAAGUUGUAAUGCCUGUUGCUUACCUUGGCAAACAUGCCGUGAGGAAAGAAUGAAACUGGAGAAGAAAAAUGUGGUUAUUGAUCUUGAUGACAUGUGGGUGAGAUCCGAUGUUCUUCCUUGAAAUGUGCCGGCAUCCGCUGCCACACAUUUUCAGCAGUAACUCUACAUAUUCGUAGCUACUGUAACUUGUAGAGAACAGACUUACAUCAUUGAAUAUUUCCUAACCGUACCUCCAAGUUGCAGGAUGCAAAACUCCCAAUUUGUAAUUAAGAAUGGAACAAAGACUGUCAACACAACUUAUUUAUGUGGGGUCAGAUGUUAUGCAACCCAGGUUAGUCAUCUUGGUUUGUGAAUCUGAAAAAUCCAGGAUGAGGUGGGUUCUCAUGGCUUGCAUCUGUUAAUGAUAGGUGGGCUCAUCUCCACCCAGUAAUAUUGUGUGCCAUGCCAGUAUAGAAGUGGAGAUGUUGCCCGUACUCUGGAUGAUACACCAGUACCCCCAAUAAGACUGCCAACGGACCGAGGUAUCCAUGCCUUACCUCGCUUUUUACUGCUUCCAUUCUCCGCCAGGUGAAAUGUAUUAUGAUGCCUGAUUCAUGUUUUUUUUGUGUCCUUUCACUGAUUAUCAUUUUUUUGUUUUGUUGCCAUUUUACCAGGGUAACUUAUUGCUGCUGCUUAAAAAAACGUUCUGGAUGGUUCCUAGAGGCGUUGAUGCAGUGAAUGUACGUGCAGCUUAUUUGAUACACUUCUCUUUGAUCUCUUAAAAUAUCACACUCUAGAUUCAAUUGGUUUGAUGCAUUUUGCAAUUUCCUGAUUUGAGCAGAUUUACUGUGUACUAUAUAAGAUUAACGCUCAAACUCGGAUACAUAAAUGUUUGUGAAACUUAACUGGUUCUACUGUACGACCAUAUUGUUCUCGCAUUUUCUCCUGUCAUGCUUUUCAUGGCAGAACGCUACUUUCAAAGACAUGGGUUGUUAUUUUUGUUCUUUCUGGUUUAUGUGUACAAUUGAGCUACGUCGCUGUCUUGCAAAAUGCAUCGUUACUAAAUGUGUUUAAAGAAACUGAUAAAUACUAUAAUUUGUUCUUAAACAAUCUUUUUUUCUCUCUCAAUAAUUAAAUAGGAGCAUGAUUAACUCAUUUGAAGUUCUUCUUAAUGCUGAAUUUGACAAGACAUGGAAGAUGCUAGAUUGUAAUACUAAUUUUUCUCUUUUCUACAAAAUUGAAACUCAAUCUUAUUCUAAAAUUCACCCUAUUCAAAUUGGAAAUAUUGUUUUGUCUUUUCCCCUUAUCAAAGUAAGAUAACUGUGUUACCCUCUGUUAACAUUUCAAAAAACAGUAUUUUGUACUGGGAAGUGGUUUAAUGUACAAUGAAAUGUUCACAGAUUGCAUAUUUCUGGCCUAUCAUCAAAUCUCUGUUUUUUCAUAUUUAUUGAAUUAUUAAAAAUGAUCUUUACAGAA